AAUGCUGUAUUCAUUCUGUCUCAGAGGAGCAAGAUGGUGGCAGUACAAAAGGAUUACUGGUACUUCUUGGUACUCAUGAUGCAGCUCUGUUUUCUAAAAGGCUCCGUUCAGAUGAAAGCCCCAGGAUCAAAAGUCACACUGCAGGAAGGAAUGGUAUUGGACUGCCUGUGUCCGUGGACUGGCCAGCUCAUUAUGGUCUCUUGGACUAAAAAGUCUCUUUCACAACCUGUAGCUGUUUAUCAUCCUCAGUAUGGCUCCAACUAUGAGUCAUCAUAUGACGGCAGAGUGACGUUUCUGAAAUCCACCGCGAUGGACGGCAGCAUUUCCAUAAUGAAUGUCACUGAGGGCGACAUCGGCCAGUAUCAUUGCUCUCUGCAGACUUAUCCUCAAGGUUCAUGGACCAAAGACACAUUUGUCGAAAAAGCAGCAAUCACCCCCACCUUCUCUAUUCAACCGGACACUAAUUUGGUGGCAGCAGAGAAUGACAACCUGACCAUUACGUGUGACCUUGUCCACAACGGUGAGGUUUACCAAGUAAGCAUUGAGAAACUGGACACCGAGGUGAGCGGUAGUAAUAUUAUAGCAACAUGUCAGAUGCUAGAAGAUGGCGUGGAGCUGAGUGAGUUCAACAGUAGAGGACGACUGAACUGUAGUGAUGCUAUGGAGGUCAGUCUGCACCUCACCAACAUUGUCAAAGAAGAUGGAGGACUCUACCGCUGCAACUUCAGCACAGAUGCCGGUGUCCGGUCCACCACAAUCCUGCUGUCCACUCUACCUGCUCAAGAUUUUAGGGGUCUUCAUCACAUGCUGUAUGUGUAUAUUGGAGGAGGGCUGGUUGGUGUCGCUCUUCUGAUGAUUUUAUUACUGACGUGGCUGAACAGGAUGAAAAGGAAGAGAGAGGAGUACAGAAUCAAACUGCACCCUGCCAAAAGACAGCGUAACACAUAUGACCAUGGCUGUGACUAUGACAGGAUGAAAAAGGGGACCAGAAGUGGGGCAAGAGAUAAAGAUAUAUACGUUAACUUUCACAUAGUGAGAGCUCAUGAAAAACACAAACAAAAGAGAUGAGAUAUACUACCAUUCUAUAGAGUUAAAAUUGAAAAAUUGGAACUAGUUGAAAACUAGCUGUAGCUGAACAGCAGAAAUCAUAAAACACAAACCAAACGGCAGUGCCAAGAAAUGCUUUUGCACCUGAAUACUAAUGGAUGGAUCAGAGGAAAAAUUCCUAAUGCAGAAGAUUAAUAGAGCCAUGCAUAUAAUUUGUCAUUUGAUGAACCACUACCACCAUCAUCGUCAUCUUCAUCAUUACAUUAACCAUUCAAGCCUGGCCCUGAACCCACAUUACAUGACAUUUCUUUGCAUAAUGGUGCUGGAUGUUGGCUGCUCAUGACCACAUUGGGGAAAAUGUCCUCUCUGCUCCUCAGUGAAGUCGGUUUGACAGGUAAUCUUCUUAAGAAGCUUUCUGGACUGUAUCAAAGCCAAAUAUAAGCCAAGCAUGGUCACUGUGAGCAGACGCCGAAGCAACACUUUACUUUGAGUGACUCUAAUUAUCAAAUGAUUGGACAUCAGAGAGCUUAUGAGUGGAUGAAUCUUCUCAAAAUCACAUCCUUGUCUUGUGUCUCAGUUUGAGUCCGAAUGCUUUCUCUCCGCAGAAAUGGAAGUACCAGCCUCACGAAUGAAAAUGAAAUGGAGGAUGUCUUGAACUAGGAUAGGUGAACUGACAAUGUUCAGCUUACAGGCGGAGUAUGAUUUGUUUGUGAGAUAUGACUUUAAAUGAUUAAGAUCAUUCAAGAGUUCAGAUGUGAUGUUUGAGCACAGAGCACUUAACAUGUACAGGAAUAAAAUGAAUCACAUUUUGAUGCAUCUACAAAUCAAAAAUUAGGCUUGAUGGGAUUUGGCCU